ACUGAAGAAAAGUAAUGAACCAGUUUUCAAGCGACCUGAGGGAAUGCACAGAGAAGUCUAUGCAUUGUUGUAUUCUGAUAAUAAAGAUCCGCCUCCACUGAUACCAUCAGAUAGUAACCAUGGUUACAAGUCAAUGAAAGUGAAGCUUGGAAGAUGGCAGGUAAGACCGUGGAAAUUGAUGCCCUUCACCAAUCCAGCAAGAAAAGAUGGAGCUGUGUUCCACCAUUGGAGGAGAGUGGCUGACGAAGGAAAAGACUACCCGUUUGCUAGAUUUGACAAGUCUGUCCAGAUGCCAAUGUACACAGACCAGGAAUAUCAGCUUCACUUACACAGUGAAAAAUGGACAAGGCUAGCAACUGAUCACAUGUUUGACCUCUGCACUCGAUUUGACCUUCGCUGGGUCAUAGUUCACGACAGAUUUGAUCAUAUAACAUAUGGGAAGCGAUCUAUGGAGGACAUGAAAGAGAGGUACUACAGUAUAAUUAACAAACUUGCUAAGGUACGGAGUGAUCCUACCCUUAGUAACAGGGCUCCACAAGCGUUUGAUGCUGAACAUGAAAGGAGGAGGAAAGAACAAUUGAUCAGGCUCUAUAACAGGACUAAUGAACAGGUUGAAGAGGAGGAGAUGCUAAUCACUGAAAUGAAAAAGAUAGAGUUGAGGAAGAAGGAGAGGGAGAAGAAGGCACAGGAUCUUCAGAAGCUCAUAACAGCCGCAGAUAACAAUGCUGAUCUACGAAGAACAGAACGAAAGAUCAACAAGAAAAAGAUUACUCUUCCACUCAGCAAGAAAAGGGAGCAAGAAGGAACAACAAAGAUAUUGGAGACCGGUGGUAUCAAGUUUCCAGAUUUCAAGCAAUCCGGUGUUUAUCUUAGAAGUCAGAAGAUGAAACUUCCAUCGUCCGUUGGUCUGAAGAAAACGAAAGCUAUAGAGCAUCUAUUAGAUGAGCUUGGUAUUCCAGUACAGCCUAUGCCAACUGAAGAAGUCUCUCUCCUUUACAAUGAAGUUAGAUCAGACAUGGUGUUACUUUACGAGUUGAAGCUUGCACUGGCAAACUGCGAAUUUGAGCUUCAGACCCUGAGGCAUCGCUAUGAAGCCUUGGCCCCAGGAAAGCUACCCUCCAAACCGGCACUGACUCUCGGGGCAGCCCUGGCAGCCGGGGAGGGUCUAGGAGGAAGACCCAAGUCUGGGUCGUCGACUAGUGCACCAGGUAACCUGCCAUCGACGUCGUUGUCGGCAUCGUUGAAUAUUGAAGGAGGAGACGAAAGAGGGGAUGAGGAGGAGAAAGAUGUCAAAGAAGAACCACUCUCACCUGGAACCAGUAGAAAGAUGACGGAUCUAUGUGAUCAGAUCAUAGUUGAUGUUGUGUCGACAACUCCAAUAACCCCACAGCGGAAGAAGAGGUUAGCAGCUGUGGAACAAGGAAAUGUCCUCAAGAAACUCAAGAAGUGAAUACUGUUUGUGACCGCGGGUAUAUCUUCUGACGGUAGGCUGGCCGAUAGGAUGUAUUCUUCUGGUAACAUGAGUAGAACCUGGUUAACAGUUCUUUGUCCUGUCUUACAAAGAGUUACGAUUGAUCCAAUUAAUUGUAACUCUAUGGAAAUCCAUCAGUGUCAUAAUUUUUUCUACAGGAAAUGUGCACAAUGUCCUUUGUAAACAAAGAGAAUCACAGUGAAUUUUCAAGAAAACAAUUAAUGCAUGAAUAUAAUGGUAAUUAUCUACAUAUGAAAAUAAUGUAUGUAUAAACUAACUAGAUAUUUUGUAAAUAAAUCAAACAAAAGCUUUGU